GAACUUCAAGGUCGACUCAGAAACAAUGGCGGGAAAGCAAGUCACCGGCGACGAAUUGCCAGCGAACAUCGCCGGCAUGUCGAAGAACCAACUUUACGACAUCAUGUCGCAGAUGAAGACGCUUAUCGAGCAGAACCAGCAACAAGCGAGGCAGAUCCUAAAACAAAACCCUCCCUUGACUAAAGCCCUUUUCCAGGCUCAGAUCAUGCUUGGAAUGGUGCAGCCUCCUCAAGUGGUUGCAGGUAUUCAGCCACCACCAUCACAGCAUCCUCAGCAAUCAGCACAGCCUCCUUCACAGUCACAAAUCCAGCCUGUUCAAUCCUUACCUGGUCAAGUUGACUUGCAGGACCCAGCAGGUGUAUCAGUGCCACAGAUCCAACCUCCUAUUAGAAAGCUGCAGCAAAACCAACCUGUGACUCAAAUCAUCUCUGCUACUGCUUCUUCAGUAAAUGUUCCGUCUCAGACUACACCAUCACAACCCCUACAAGUACCACUGCAGACUAAGGGACAUCUUAACCCUCCACUUUCUCUUCCCCAAUCUUCCCAGUUUGGAGGUGCACCUACACCUCCUCUUCAUCCUGCUUCACAUCCACCUGCUCUUCAUCAAACCCAGACACCCACAGCUUCCAGUCAGUUGCAACUGCCAUUACAGACAACUGGAAUUUCUAAUCUGCCUUUGCAACCACCAUUGCCACCACAACUAAGACAGCCUUCAGCAGCACCUUUCCGUCAUCAAUAUGCCCAAUCAAUGGGCCCCAGUAAGGGUUUCCAGCACCCUGGUGGUCCACAGCAUCUUUCACAUCCAAUGUAUCAUUCAGGUAAUAGGCUUUCUGCUGGCAUUAGGGCUUCAUUUCCACAGGGACAGCCACCACAUCAGUCAAUGUAUCAAAGUCAGGCUGGAGGCUCACAUCUAGUGACAGAGUUUGGCAACCAGUUUGGAGGUUUCAUGCAAGUAGAUAAAGGAUCUUCUUGGAUAUCUGGCAAAUCAGACACUCCAGCAAUUGCACAGCUUCCAGGAUCAUAUCCAUUGGUUCCUAGACAGGUGGGCCUGGGCAAUCAGCCCCCUCGCCCUGCAUCGUUGACUCCUGAGAUGGAGAAGGCCCUACUUCAGCAGGUCAUGAGUCUCACUCCAGAACAGAUAAAUCUCCUGCCUCCAGAACAAAGGAAUCAAGUGCUUCAGCUACAGCAGAUUCUACGCCAAUGAAAAGUUUAAUGGGAAGAACAACCAGGUAUUAUCAGUCUCAACAUUUGAUCUUGAGUGGCAAGCAAUUUGCUUGACAUAGCUGAGAAAAAUCAUCUGAUGAUAGUUGGUAGAUUAUCCGACACAGGACAAACCACAAUAGCUUGGGAAUGGUUUUGAUACUGCCCUAUUUAUUUUUUUGGCCUUCUCUCUCUCUCUCUCUCUCUCCCUUUUUUUUUUUUUUUUUGAACUUGGGUAAUUGUGGGGGUGGGGGGAUUGGUGUAUGGGAUUACAAGGGGGCUUGAACCUCGAACUCAGGUGUGACCACUGUUGCUCUGUGAGGUGGUUGGUGUGCUUCCUUAGCAUUCUGCAAACGGUGGGAACUCCUAACGGCCUACAUUUCCCUGUAAUCUCCUUUCAAUUUUUGGAUGCCUCAGCCUUGCAUUUGUUGUCCUUUGAAACCUAAAUGAGUCUCAGUUCAGAUUUGAGGAUUCCUGCAAAUGUACAUGGUUUUCCGUUUUUGUUGCACAUUUAAUGGAAAAUUCAAUGAACUAAUUUAAAAUAA